AUGCGACUAGCUACGAUCGGGGUUGACUCACGAGUGGUCAGUGGCGAAACACGCGUCUGGCCGACUCCCCCUUACUCCCGGUCCAAGGUAGCGGAAAAGGGCGAAGCACGAGCAGGGAAGCUGCACCCAAUACUCGCAAACCGGCACCUCGAUACACGCAUCAAAUUGACGGUUUCGAAGAGCGUAAUCGUACCGCCACUAGAGUACGCCGGAGAAGUAUGGGAAGGAAAUAAGAAGGUAGUGAAAGAACUCGAGGCGGCGCAGAUGAAAGCAGCGAAAACCAUCCUAGGAUGCUCCAGGCGCACAAGUAAUGCAGCCGUGAGGGCAGAAUUGGGGAUCCAAUCCCUACGGUCGGGAAGAGACGCGAGGAAGCUGAC